GAGAAAUUACGUCUUCUCUGUGGAAAGAGAAAUCAUAGCAAGAUAUAGUCAGAGAAUUCUGGUUGGAAAGUCAAGCAUGAAAAAAUCUGAAAGCCAUGGAUUACUCGAAAAAAAAAGUGGAAGUGAAAAGUGAUUUCAUCCGGAUUUCCAGAGAUAUAUCAGAGGAAGAAAAAGCAAUUGUUGAUGCAAGAAAAGUCAAUGUGCAUAUCCAGCUUCAGAAACUUGGGAUCAAUUGUCAUUUGAGCAACAUUCCCAACAUUGCUUUGCUGGGAUCAGGUGGAGGCCUGCGGGCCAUGAUUGCACUUCAAGGGGUGCUGGGAGAACUUCAGAACCAGGGUCUGAUGGAUGUUGUGAUGCAUCUUUGUGGAGUAUCAGGCUCUACCUGGUGUAUGUCACAAAUCUAUGAAAAAGAGGAAUGGACCAAAGAACUUCCCAUUUUGGAAGAGCAGCUGUGUGACAAACUUGCAAACUCAUGCUGGGAUCGCUUGAAAGCCUUUGAGGCCCUUAUAGAGCCAAGUAAAGAUGAUACGUUCUCCUUGACAGAUUUCUGGGGCAGUGUUAUUGUCUAUGCAAUGGUUCAUGAGCUGGAUAAUAACUGUUUGACUGAGGAAAGGACAGUUUCUGUUAAUGGGAAAGUGCCUUAUCCCAUCUAUGCAGCGGUGGAUUUGGAAAAAUUAGAUGACAAUAAUAAAUACCGCUCAGACAUGUGGUUUGAAUUUACUCCCCAUGAGGCUGGAUUCUUUAGCCCUGGUGCAUUUGUGGACAUGAAGGUAUUUGGAAACAAAUUUAAAAAUGGCAAGCUGAUGUCGCAUAAGGAAGAAAAAAGGAUUUCCUAUUUGAGAGGCUUAUGGGGAAGUGCCAUUGCAGAUCUCCACAAAGACAUGGAUUUUAUAAUAGAUAAAAAGGACAGCAAUACGUAUAAGCUUUGCAUAUCCCUGAAGGAAAGACACAGUACUUUUGCUAAAUCUGAACGGUUGUCAAAGACAUUGACACUGGCUCAGACUUUGUAUAUAGAAUUUACAGUUGAAAAUUCGACACUCCUCAUGCAUGAAGAUUUGCUGGGAAAUCCAUGUGAUAAACUGAGAAUUCUGGGAAAAAUCUUGUCUUGUCUCUUUACAUGGGAUUGGGGGACCAUCCCUAACUAUCUUUAUAAAUACACUGAUCUGGAUGACAAGGAUCUGUCAGAUAAGGAAGACUUUCAUUUGGUUGAUGCUGGCUUAGCCAUAAAUUCUGCUUACCCCCUUGUCCUGCGUCCAGAAAGAGAGGUGAAACUCAUCCUGUCUUUUGAUUUCAGUGAUGGAGAUCCUUUUGCAACUGUCAAGCAAGCAGCCAUGUACUGCGAAGAAAAUCAGCUUCCCUUUCCUGAUAUCAAUGAGUCAGAGUUGGAAAAGAGCAAAGACAACCCUCUUGACUGCUACGUUUUUCCAAGUAAAGGCAAUUCUCCAGUUGUCAUGCACUUCCCCCUCUUCAAUAGUGUGAACUGUGAAGGUGACGUAGCUGACUGGCGACACAAAUAUUCCACCAGUAAUUUUUCUUAUGAGGAGCAGGAAAUCAAAAACCUUCUAGAAGCAGCAAAAAUAAAUGUGAGGAAUAACAAAGAAAUAAUUCUGCAGGAAAUGAAAAAGCUAUUAGUUCUUUAA